AUGUAUGCGUGCAACAUCACUGUAACAACAAUCUUGAACUAUUUUCAUCGAACAGUUAAUAAUAUACAAGUUUUACCUCGAAAAAAUGAUGAAAGAAUGACAAAAGAAGAUGAUCCAGAGCAAAUCAAUAACAAUAGCGAAAAUCAAACAUUAAAAUCAAAGAUCAUAUCAUCAUCAUCAGUUGCAUCAUCAUCAUCAGCUGCUGCUGCAUCAUCAUCACGCGUAGCAUCGCCAAUUACGUCGUUACCUGAGAUAAUAUCUGUUUCGGAAGAAAAAAUAUCGAAAUAUUUUCAAAACUUCCGUAUACUUCGACCUUAUCGACCUAUUGGUCGAGUGUCGAAUAGAAAUAAUACUACUUUAUGUUCAACAGCAUCAGAUCUCCAGCAGCAGCAGCAGCAAUAA